AUGGAUUCCACUAGCGUUCACACUACUGAAAAACUAUUGUGUACGGUGUGGACUCUAGAGUUAUGACCCAUUAUCAUUUGAGCCUACACAUACUUGCUAUUCUGGGGCAUUGAUUCCCAUGAGCUCCACUACGAUCUAACUCGCUGACAUGGUCCCCUACUACAGCUCUUCUCGAAUGUCGAACGCCUUCGUUUAGCUCAAGCGGAUCGCUGCGAUGGUUUUGACCAUCCCCGACGCUUGGGUAGAGCGCCUCGCCGCCUCCCCUUUUGCGCUCUCCAGAGCUCAUACUAUCUAACAGAAGCCGCAGAUUCUCCUAAUAGGAAUGGAAAGCGCCACUCACGCAAGUCUUUCCUCCCAGGCACGUCUCACAAGUUCCGGGAAGCCGACUCACUUCAAUUGGCCUAUCUCGCAGUCCAUGCCGACUGGCGGUGCUUCCACUCGUUACCGCCUAAAAUCCAGCAGAAGCUUUUUUCGAAAGAAGAGCAACAUCGGUUCCACCGAACGCAGUUUGAAGGUCGGAUCUCUGGCGCUGCUGGCGAGGCUCUUCUUAAUCGCUUGGAGAAGGCAAGACACUGCCGACAGCAAUCUUCAGAGACCCAGUCAUCGGGAAGGAAGUCUAUUGCGACAUCACAGUCGUCUACCUUGUACUUCGACCCUUCAGAUUCGGAUUCGGAUUCAAAUUUCGAUACCAACAUGGACAAUCCGUUCAGCGAUAGAUUCCGUUGGUUGGAAGAUGGUCAAGAUCUUGAUCUCAGGCUGGACGAUUAUCAUGCGCAUGUUGCGAAGUCGACGUCCAGUUUGUCGCCUAGAAGGCGGCCUUCUUUUCGGAGAAAGAUAUCGUUAAAUCCAGGAAUUCUAAGUCGCAAACCAACAUCGUCAGUAUCGCGUAGUAAAUCGCAAGCCUUGUGUCAAUCAACCACGUCUCCGAGCCUGCCGGCAAAUACCAUUGAUCGUGGACCGCGUUCUCGACCGUCUUCGCGCCAAAGCCAAGCCUAUAUACCCAAACCUUGCACAUCCAGUAUUGACCCAUCAGCGCAUUACUAUCAGGACCCUGAAGCCCGCCUUAAAUUGCGGGUAUACUUGGCCUCGCCACAUAACUUCGACGAAGCCAUCGAGUUUGGGUUUCCGGCUUUAAACAAUAAACCAGCCAUAUGUGCUAAAAGAACAUCAGCCGAGCUCGGGGCGAAGCCUCACGUGUUCACUGGCACGUUUUUGGACGAGGAAGACGAGGACACAUCUGUGUCGGGGGAACAGUAUAAGAAGCGGCUGGACGUGAUGGAAGAUCCCCGCUCGGUGGACCUUGUACCUCCUUCGCGGCAGUCGCUACUAAGUAAUCGCGAAAUGACUCUGAAAAUGACGUUGACGAGGCCCGACCUUCGGACCGAGUCACCGCCCGCCAAAGACCCACUGAAACUGUCACCGGAGGAUAGGAUUAAUACUAGUAGUAGUGGCUCGGAUCUAUGGGAAGACGAGCAAGGGUUGGUGAGCAAAAUGUGGCGUAAGAUUCGGAAACAAAAGUGCUGAGCUAGUUCUUUCUACGAUUUUUGACGACUCCUACUACUGGAUGGUCUUCUUGCAUACCCUCUACUAUUCAAAACAUGGAUACAUAAAUGCUUUCCUACAAUCUCUCAUAUGCACAUAUGUACA